GUACCCUGCUGCCUGCUUGUCACUGGAAGAGUCUUUGGGAGUUCCAUGGGCUGCGGUCUGCACUUUGCUCUCCGUGAUAGUGCUGAGUAGCAUCGUGACUACGAGCAUUCGCUUUGACACCGUGAGAGCGCAAAUUCUGCAGGAAGCGGUCGCAACAGAAGCAAGUUACUCCCAGGUGCUUCAGCUGCCAGAGGCUCAGAACGUCAUUGGGGUGCCUUGGCUGCCAAGCCAUGCGGGCAACAUGCUCCGGGUUCCCACCAUGGGCUGCGGCUUUGCAGAUCCUCGAGACCUGCGUCAACAAUGUGAAGAUUUGAGAGCCAUGAAUGUGGCGCUGCCGGAUGCUACAUUGAAGCUGAAACUGUUGACCAAUUUAAGCGACGAAGAGAAACGAAGCCCGCAACAAGUUCUGGACGCGCUUCGAUUCGAAUUGAUGUGCGAAAACAUGCAAUCCGUUCAGGAAGCAUUCAGGGGCCUCAAGGACCGCCUUGCGAGCGAAGAAAUGGUCGCUUUGGGCGUGCGGAUCGCUGCUGUCCGGGACACCUUUGCCGAGAUGAGCGGGGCUGCCAGCGGCCAAAAAUGCUGUCAGGUAGUUCUGCAGGUGGAAGAUUAUUAUUCCUCUGUGUUUCUCAUGGAUGUCACUGUGACCAGGCUCGAGAAUCAGCUGAGCGAUUUGACCAAGUUGGCGGACAAUUUUGGGCUGUUGGAUGACGUCAAGUCCAAAUGGGAGACUUCACUGAGGCUUUGCAACGAUGCAUCCAGUGUCGGGCCUUUGACCAUGGCAGGGACCAUUUUCUUGCAGAUUGUGGCGUUGGUCGUGUCCUUUUUCAUGGCCGUCCAAUAUUUCCUCCGUUACGCUCCCAGGAGACUGUUCGGUCUUUUCCCACCCUGGUGCCUUGUGGCCAUGAAACUGGAUGAAAAUCGCCAUAAUGAAGAAGCCCGGAUGGAGGCCGCAUUUCUGGCCCUGCCCUACUUGGUCCUGGUCGUGGUGUUUCUGUUGCAGCUCUUGUGCCGAAAGACGAGUCGGAAGAGGCCGCGACCCACGGAGGUGCUUUAUGAAAAGUAUUUUGGGUUGCGCGGAGCUUACUACCCCUUCAAGGUGGCGAUCUUCCAAUGCUUCACCGUUGCGGUGCAGGCCUUGGGAAAGAUCUCCUUGUUGGGCGGCCUCGUUACCUUCGCCCAAGAAGAACAAGAUGCGACUGCCAUUCUUUGGCUUAGUGUCGGCUUCUGGGCUUUCUUUGCCCUGCUGUGUUGGAACAGUCUCUAUCCCGCCUUUCUUCUGAUGUUCCCUGACACUGCCUGGGCUCGAAUUGGAGCAGCAUUUAUGGAUGCUGCUCUGGACCUUGGCUACAUCUUGACCUACCUGGGUAUGGUUUUGGUGGCCAUGCUGCGAUUGCAGACAGCCUCCGAAGGCUGGGGAAAUUUUGGCGAGGACUUGACGUUGCAGUUCAGCAAUCGUAUUAGCCCUGUGUUCGCCUUUCCCACUGACUUUCUGGGCUAUGGCGCCGUGUUUUUCAACUUAGCACACGCAUGCUGCAUUGCACACAUUUUGCAGCACACCAAUUGGAGCUUGCCGGUGCGACCCAGGGGCGAGCGCCAAAAACGGAGAGUUCUUCCAACACUAUUUGGGUGCUCCCUUUCCAUUGGGCUCCUUUCGAUGCUGGUGAUUCUCCUUGUGACGCAGGACGUUUUUCCAAUGACCCAUGGACAGGAUUUCACGUGUUUUCCGUGCCGUUGCUAUGGCAAUGCUGACUCAGCUGGCCAACAGAUUGACAGCUGCACCCUUGCAGCCGUCCUCAGACAGAAGCAGGUGAACCUCGCUGCGAACAACAUCACUGCCGUGGACCCAAAGGCUUUCAGCUCACUUGGACAUGUGCAGCGCCUGUCAUUGGCGAACAACAGCUUGAUCCAUCUGCCUCCGGGCCUCUUCGAAGGUCUAUCAUCUUUGGAGCAGUUGGACUUGACACGAGUUGAGCUGGCAACACUUCACGAAGAUUCCUUUCGGGGCUUGGAGCAGCUGAAACUAUUGGCAAUGAGACACCUGUCAGCACCUCUCAGCAGCUGAACAGUUUGAAC